AUGUCUCCCUUCUUAUUCCUCAUUGUUGCGGAAGGAUUGAAUGCGCUUGUUGAGAGAGCAGUGGAACGACAGUUAUUGUUUCCUGUUAAGAUUGGUAAGGAUGAAGUGCCGAUUACACACCUCCAGUACGCGGAUGACACCAUCUUUAUUUUAGAGGCUGAUGAGCGUAAUGUGGAAUCACUGAAAAGUCUGUUGCUUCUCUUUCAUUUUGUCUCGGGUCUUGCUGUCAACUUCGCGAAGAGCAGCCUGAUGACGGUGGGAGUGAAUGUGUCAGUCGAGAGGACAUGGGCUUCGUUUCUCCAUUGCAAGAUUGGUUACUUCCCGUGUCUUUACUUGGGAACCAAAAUUGGAGGCCGAAGCAAUGGUGUUAGCGAGUGGAAGUUCUUGGUGGAUAAAGUCUCAAACAAAAUUGCAAGCUGGAGAAAAAGACCUCUCUCGUUGGCAGGGAGGAUCACUCUUGUCAAAGCGGUGCUUCAAUCUAUUCCGGUAUAUCAACUGGCCUACGCUUUCAUUCCCAAGACUGUGCUCAAGAACCUCAAUUCCUUGUUCUCAAGAUUUCUGUGGGGUGGAGACUCUCAGUCGAGAAGAAUCACCUGUCUCGGGGAUGGGAUGAAUACAAUGUUCUGGGAGGACGUGUGGGCUGUUAACAAACCUCUCAAGUUCUCUUUCCCGAGAUUGUAUAACUUGUGCUCGAAUAAGAAAGCCCUUGUCGGAGAGAGUGGGUUUUGGGAAGGAGAAGAGUGGGUGUGGUCGGUGAAUUGGAGGAGGGAUUUGAGGGAAAGAGAGAAUGGACAGGUGGAGGAACUUUUGAGACUUGUUGCUGCUUUUGUCCCUUCUACAGGGUGUUUAAGAAUGGUGGUUAGUCCAUAUUGUUCUUCCAUAUUUAUAUCUUAA